AUGUCUCAGCCAAUUCAACCAGAUCCAAUUCAACCACCUAGCCCCAAUGAACUUAACAACCUUUUCGAUACACUUCUGGAUGAAAAUGUACAUAUUGAUGGUUAUAUUCGAAAUCCCCACACUUCAGCUUGGAAUCAGAGGGAUAUUCUAAACAAGAUUAUUACAGUUAAUGAGUCUGCACAUCGACUAAAAGAAAUUGCUGAAUGGGAAAAUGACGAAGCACAAACCCAGUAUCAGCAAUAUGGUCAGAUGAUUGCGGGGUUGAAUAAUCAAGCAACUCAACUUCAAGCCCAAAUUCAGGGAGAUGCACAAAUUAUUAUACAAUUACAGGCUCGGCAUCAAGACAACAUAUCUAUCUAA